CCAGCGAAAGUGAUAUCUCAUUGCAGAUACCGGGAACCGACCGAACAUGUCGUCUAUAACUGCACUUGUGUUGCUGGGGCUCCUGGGUGCCUGCGGGGUGGUAUCAGGAUCUGGGACAACCCCGGGGUCUAUAAACAGCCUCCUGCAAUGUCCUGAUCAGGAUAUCUGCAGCGUGGCGAGUAUGUGCUGCAUCCCCGGAGUCGACAGUUAUGGCUGGAUCGCUGCCGCCGUGGGGUGGAGCUUGUGGUUCCUUACGCUCAUUCUCUACUGCGUCGGCAAAAUUAUGAGUCUUCGCUCAAAUGAGCCAAAGUAUCAGCCGGCGUAACGCGUGAUCCGAUCCUGUGACGCAAGGACCCAGUCUCCUGAGCGGUGUAAAUAGACUCCUCCCCCCAAACUGUUAGAUUAUGUUCUCCAUGGUCAGUACUGGGCAGGAUGGAAAACUGAAGAAAUCGAAAUUCCACAG